CCCACUCCUCCCCCACACUGCAGGAGCGAGAUUUUAAAAAUCACUGCCAGGCAGAACAAAGGAUCAGAAUAUUCCCUGCACCUAGAGCUGAGGUUCCAUCCUGCUGUAGAAAUUCCCCCUCCUCCCCUGGCCCAUGUGGCGGGAAUGUGAGCCUGCCUGCUUCAUAUUGCUUAAACCUGGGACUGCAACUUAAAAGGACGGCACCCUGAGUAGGCAACCUGUACUGGCUAUUCCUGGCUAACGGGAAAGUUGGAGUUGUUGCAGUGCAUUUGGAGAGUAUUCCUUGUACAGAUACCUGUUGUGAAAUAGGUUUCCUGGGCAAUAUAUAUUAUAGGGGAUGGAGAAGAGGAUAUGAGUACUGUACAUUGCAUCUCACAAGCAGGUAGAGGAAGCUGACGCUCUGUGCCAGGACCAGAAGGGAAGCACACAAUGCAGUGCAACCAGGAUAUGGACUAUUAUAUGAGCCUGUGCCUUGCCAUUAUUAGCGUUCUCUUCCUGAUCAGACAGUUCACUUAUCCUGCUGCUUAUGGAAAACACGUUGCCACUGGCAAGAAGCAAAAUGGUUUCAUGGUCCCAGCAAAGUAUGGCUGGUUUAUCCAAGAGUUACCCUCCUUCCUGGUGCCAGUUGUCGUUAUACUGUACAGACAGCAGUGCAACUCCCUGGGCUGCAAGAUGCUUUCAUUCAUGUUCUGCGGACACUAUUUCCAAAGGACUUUUAUCUAUUCUGCUUUCACAAGAGGAAGACCAUCUCCUCUACGCAUAGUUCUUAUGGCUGUUGUAUUCUGUACAUAUAAUGGAUUUCUACAAGGACACUGUCUGGUUUAUGUAGCUGAAUAUCCAAAGGACUGGUGUAUGGAUCUACGAUUUAUAUCAGGUGUGUUAAUAUUCUGUCUUGGAAUGGGGAUCAACAUUCACAGUGAUCAUAUUUUACGCAGAUUAAGAAAACCCAGCGAGGUUGCAUACAAAAUACCCCAAGGAGGAAUGUUUAAUUAUGUAUCUGGGGCAAAUUUCCUUGGUGAAAUUGUUGAAUGGUUUGGAUAUGCUAUUGCAACAUGGUCACUGCCAGGAUUUGCCUUUGCUUUUUUUACUCUGUGUUGCAUUGGCCCGAGGGCUUAUCAUCAUCACAAAUUUUACCUCCAAAGUUUUAAAGACUACCCACGAAAAAGGAAAGCCCUGAUUCCAUUUAUUUUCUAACUGAAUGAAAACGGGGAGAGAUUUUUUUUAAAUGUAAAGAAGGCAUUUUAGGAAAUUGCUCCAUGCUCAUCUUGGAAUUCUUAUUGCAUUUCUUCCAUGUGUUGGAUAAACACACUUCUAGCUGUAUAAAAAGAUAAAUGUCUUCCAAAUUACAUGUAUAUUUUUACUUAUAGCGUCACACACACAUAUAUAUAUAUAAUUUUUUUUUAAACUGAACGUUCUGCCACAUUUGGAUACAAUAUCAAACCAGUCAGACCUUUGGAAUAUGGUAGUAUAAUACAUGUUUGUGACUUUUCAAAUUGUACUUAAAGCACUGCUGAAACAUACGUAUGAUAUAAAGGGAUUGAGUCAGUAUCCUUUAACAGCUCCGUUUCAGAGAGUGCUUUAUUUUCCUGUCUAAAGCCCAUCUUUAGUUUGGAGUGCUGUCCCUAAAGAUGCAUUUUAAGCUUCCACAGUAGGCAAGAAGAGGCUUUGAUAGCCUGAAGUAAUAGUAUAAACAGCCCUGAUUUUACAUUUUCCAGAGAACCAGGGGAAUAAAUGGUGGAAAAAAACAAAAUUCAGGAAAAUUUUAAAUUCGGGUUUGAAUGCACAAGGUUCUGUUUUACAAUAAUGGCACAACAUAAGUAAUUUCAUAAGAUAAAAUAUUGUUUGUUAAAUAAUGCUGCUAAAAAAAAGGAAAACAGUAAGCAUUUUUAAAUGUAUCCCUAAGCUUUUAGAAUAAAUAUGUUUUAUUAUG